AUGUUUGGAAAUCUCCUCUGCAGUUGGAUGUCCAGUUGCCAUCACCAGAAUGUGUUUCCCCUCCAGCAGAUUUUGGUGUGGUAUCUCGAACGGUGGUUGGACGAAAUCGGGGAGAGGGGUAACGCCUCCGUUCAACACAACGUUCUCGGCGGCAGGAUUCAGUUCAACGUCGGCAUUGCCAUUUUCCGCCAGAACCUAAAUUUCCGCCAUUGUUUUGUCUUUUUGAAUCGUCACGCUAUUGAGUGCGUGAAAACUCCUUUCUUCCUCUUUGCUGUGGAAGUCAAUGUGAAAGGUAACUCUGAUUUCGGCAUUUGUGGUUUAUCGAAUUCGAAUGGUGGCUUCUGCCCAGGAAAAUUUACAUGCAAAGACUGCAAGAGUUGGUCUAAGUCUGAGAAGUUCAUUCGUGAUCCUUAUUUUAAGGCAGCUUGGCUAGAGGAAUCUGAAGGUACAUCUUGUGAGCAUCGUAGGAUAAUGGGCAAUGUAAGUGGCCGGAAACUUUCCAUGGAAUUUUGUGAAGAAAUGAUCAUGUCCUUGAACAGGAGGUUUGUGAAUCGACGAACUUUUCAGGAUAUGAAAAGUGUUAAUGUAGGCAACAUAUCUCUAUUGGUAUCUCCGAGCGAUAGUCCAGACAGGAUCAGACAAACAAUUCGGCUUCUCAGAUCAAGUUCUGCGCAAGAGGAGGAGUUGAUCGGGGAAUAUGGUGAAGAAUGGUGGCAUUCCCCUGCAUUGUAUGUUCCUGCACUAAUUGGAAGGCAAUAUGAAAGUUCGCGGUAUGAUCCUUAUCAAAAGGAAGCUACAGCCCGCAAAUAUCUAAAAGAAGCUCGGAAACAGGAGAAAAUGUUGGCUGCAGUCUAUAACCAAAGAACUUACGUGCGUGAGUUGUCAAGUCUGAGACAGAUUUUUCGAGCAAGGGAGCGCCGUAUGCCGAAUAUUGAAGAAGUUGUGACGGAUGAAUAUUUUUCCGAAUAUCUUAAGCUCAACGACAUGUUGGGCCUGGUAUGGGCCCAGCGAUACGGCCUGGAACUAUUCGCAGGGGUGGCCCAGUGCUUGUACGGGAGAAAUGAUGGUGGCCAAGCUGAGUACACUUGUCCAAAUUGUUAUAUGGAAGAAGUUGAAAGAGGUGAGCGUGUGCCAUUGCCUCAGAGUGCUGUUCUAGGAGCUAAGGAUCUGCCAAGAACAAUUUUGCAACGUUUAUUUGCAAAGUUGAAACAAGAAAGGAUGGAGAGAGCAAGGGUUCCUGGAGCUGAAUCAAUUGUUAUACGAGUGGUGUCAUCUGUAGACAAGAAGCUACAAGAAGAAAACUAUCCUGUUGAGUAUCCAUACAAGUCCAAGGCUUUAUACGGGCAUCAAAACUGGGCGGGAACGCGUUUAGUCACCGCCCCUCAGCUCGGAAUGAAUAUGCUUCGCUUUACAUUACACAUCCUUUCUCUCUCUAGGCUUGCCUUGCCUUCAGAGCUACGCACCGUGCUCCAUUCGAGAUCUGAGCUUCAGUUCCACCUUCUCGGAGACGCUCUGUUUUUCAGCUUCAAUCUGAUAGUCUCUGAUAUGGCUCCACCAAUUGAGAUGCCCGACAAAUCCCUUGUUCAGAAGAUAUCACAUUUACCUCUUAAUGAAAGGAUACUCUCUUCACUGUCCAGGAAAUCUGUUGCUGCUCAUCCUUGGCAUGAUCUAGAGAUAGGGCCUGAAGCACCAAUAAUCUUCAACUGCGUGGUUGAGAUAAGUAAGGGAAGUAAGGUGAAAUAUGAGCUCGACAAGAAAACUGGUCUGAUCAAGGUCGAUCGUAUUCUUUACUCAUCGGUUGUGUAUCCCCAUAACUAUGGCUUCAUCCCUCGUACGCUUUGCGAGGACAGUGACCCAAUGGAUGUAUUGGUCAUUAUGCAGGAACCAGUUCUUCCUGGCUGCUUUCUGAGGGCCAAGGCAAUAGGUCUCAUGCCCAUGAUAGAUCAGGGAGAGGGAGAUGACAAGAUCAUUGCCGUUUGUGCCGAUGAUCCAGAAUACCGGCACUAUACUGACAUUAAGGAGCUUCCACCCCAUCGAUUGGCUGAGAUCCGCCGUUUUUUUGAAGACUACAAGAAGAAUGAGAACAAGGAUGUUGCAGUUAAUGAGUUCCUUCCUGCCACAAGCGCCUACGAGGCUAUUCAGACUUCCAUGGACCUGUACGCAAACUAUAUAGUCGAAAGCUUAAGGAGAUAGUUUGGUUCCGUGCCUGUCCCAAUGGGAAGGGCAGUGCUUCAUUUUCCGAGUUUAUGCUCUAAAAGAAAAUAUUCAUAUAUACUUAUUUGCUUUUUAUAUACGAUUUCGAGAUGAUGACGAAUAACUUCUUCAAGUUGGUACAUUGUUCGGCACAGCUUCUUGAUCGAAGGUGUUUAGCUUCAAAAUAUGGCAUUUGCUUACUGAGAAGGGGUUCACUGUUUUUAGUGCUUUACUGAUUUUCCAUUGUUUUCUUGUUGGCACAGAUGAAUGUAAACAACACCCUCAUUUUAUAAUAUUAUGGUUUACAGGUUUUGUUUUGUUA